CGGCCAGGCCGCCGGGCGCCUAUGGACGCGCGGAGCCCGCUGUCUCCCCGGGCCAGCGCGUUCAGCAUCGCCUCUCUGGUUGCAGCAGAGGCCGUAGAGCGCAAGGCUCGCCUGGGCCCCCGGUCCUCCGACCAGGCGAAGCUUCGCCGGCUGCUGGGAUCCCCGGCCGGGAUGCACUUCAGCACCGUCACCAGGGAUAUGGAAGCCUUCACGGCCAGCAGCCUGAGCAGCCUGGGGGCCGCGGGGGGCUUCCCGGGCGCCGCGUCGCCGGGCGCCGACCCGUACGGCCCGCGCGAGCCCCCGCCGCCGCCGCGCUACGACCCGUGCGCCGCCGCCGCCGCCCCCGGCGCCCCGGGCCCGCCGCCGCACGCCUAUCCGUUCGCGCCGGCCGCUGGGGCCGCCACCAGCGCCGCCGCCGAGCCCGAGGGCCCCGCGGCCAGCUGCGCGGCCGCCGCCAAGGCGCCGGUGAAGAAGAACGCGAAGGUGGCCAGCGUGAGCGUGCAGCUGGAGAUGAAGGCGCUGUGGGACGAGUUCAAUCAGCUGGGCACCGAGAUGAUCGUCACCAAGGCCGGCAGGCGCAUGUUCCCCACGUUUCAAGUGAAGCUCUUCGGCAUGGACCCCAUGGCCGACUACAUGCUCCUCAUGGACUUCGUUCCAGUGGACGACAAGCGCUACCGGUACGCCUUCCACAGCUCCUCCUGGCUAGUGGCCGGGAAGGCGGACCCUGCCACACCAGGCCGUGUACACUACCACCCCGACUCGCCUGCCAAGGGUGCGCAGUGGAUGAAGCAAAUUGUGUCCUUCGAUAAGCUCAAGCUGACCAACAACCUGCUGGACGACAACGGCCAUAUUAUUCUCAACUCCAUGCACAGAUACCAGCCCCGCUUCCACGUUGUCUAUGUGGACCCACGCAAAGAUAGUGAGAAAUACGCUGAGGAGAACUUUAAAACCUUUGUGUUUGAGGAGACUCGCUUCACUGCGGUCACUGCUUACCAGAACCAUCGGAUCACGCAGCUCAAGAUAGCCAGCAACCCUUUCGCCAAAGGCUUUCGAGACUGCGAUCCGGAGGACUGGCCCCGGAACCACCGGCCCGGCGCGCUGCCGCUUAUGAGCGCCUUCGCUCGCUCGCGGAACCCGGUGGCCUCCCCCACGCAGCCCAACGGCGCAGAGAAAGAAGCGGCCGAGGCUCGGCGAGAAUUCGAGCGCGACGCGGGUGGACCGGCAGUGCUCGGGGACCCGGCGCACCCGCCGCAGCUGCUGGCACGGGUGCUGAGCCCAGCGCUGCCCGGGGCCGGCGGCGCCGGCGGCCUCGUCCCGCUGCCGGGUGCGCCCGGAGGCCGGCCCAGCCCUCCGCACCCCGAGCUGCGCCUGGAGGCGCCCGGCGCGUCGGAGCCGCUGCACCAUCACCCCUAUAAGUACCCGGCUGCCGCUUACGACCAUUACCUCGGGCCCAAGAGCCGACCGGCGCCCUACCCCCUGCCAGGCCUGCGCGGCCACGGCUACCACCCGCACACACACGCGCACCCGCACCACCAUCACCCAGCCGUGAGCCCAGCCGCCGCAGCUGCCGCCGCCGCCGCCGCCGCUGCAGCCGCCGCCGCCAACAUGUACUCGUCGGCCGGGGCAGCGCCGCCCGGCUCCUACGACUACUGCCCCAGAUAAUGCGGGCGCCCGCUGGCCGCUCCCCGCCCGGGGUCCCCGCACAGCCCUGAGGGCCGUCGGGGUUCCCGUCCACCCAGCCCCAAGGGCCUUCCAAGAACACGUUCCCCCAAGCCCCGGGGGCCAGUGCGGGUCUCCCCUUCCCUAGCCUCGAAGCCGUCUGGGUCCUCCACUCUCCAACCCCGACAGCUGUCGAAGUAUAUGGUUCCCCAGUCCCGGGAGCCACCGCGGGUCCCUCCCCAGCCCCGAGGGCCACGGGGUCCGCGCCCGCCAGUGCCAAAGCGCCCGGUCAGCGGCGGAAGGAAGUGAUAUUUAUUGUUCUCCGCGAGACCGCGUCGCCCCCCUCGCCCCUCCCCGGCCCGGCCGGCAGUUGCAGUGUAGACGACCCGAGAGCCCGUCUGCAGGCGGUGUAGAUACGUGUAGAUAUUUGUAGAUACUGUAGAUACUGCGCCGGCGCCGACUUGAUAAAGGUUUCGCCUCUUUUGGAA